UCACACAAGGCUCUGGAAAUGCAUGUAUGUUUUCAAUGGAGGCUUGUUUUCGCACUAUGUUAGCUCUAGAGUGUGUUUUUUGUGUCUGUUUUACUUAACCUUCCACGAAUUUGUGAACUAUAUACCGGCGCCAGAAGAACAUAACCUCUCGGACCAUCGCGGCGUAAAAUGUCACAAGCUGCCAUCACAGUGAAGGAGGAAAACCAAGACGGCAUAACCAUUCGCGGCUCUGGUCCUAACUCCAACAUGGUUACGAACAUUAAAGAUCACAUCACUUGUACAAGAUCCAUGGAAAACUUCACCGCUCAAGAAUCUAAAGUGGGAAUCGUGUCAUUUCCGUGUGACUUUGAUCAUAUGUACGCCAGCAUGAGUGAGGGAAUGGUGUCUUCUCAGGAGAAAAAUGAGUACAAACACUUGAAGGAAAUUUGUUUACAACACCUGGACCUCAUCCAGCAGCAGUCCGAGCUCAUGGCUCGGCAGGAAAAACAGAUCCAGGCCCUACGUCAAGAAAAUGAAAGGCUCAAGAAGAGUUUGCAGCGCUCGGACCGCCGUGCUGGUAACGCCAAAGCGAAUUGUGGUGCUGGUAAUGCUGAGUCCAAGAGAGUAAGAUCACAUACUCCUACAUCACGUCAUGCAAGCCCCAGCACAUCUGAAAAUAUGAAAGGCCCUUUCCGCAGCAAUAGAUCUCGUAGCCCAAAGGAGGGAUCUCAAAGUCCUGAACUCUGGAGGAGAAGAUCUGCACAACGAAGACAGAGUGAGGAUGGUGGAGCGUCUAUGAGCAGUGAAUAUGAAAUGUAUGAUGAUUCAUCAACAACAACAGUCAGCCAACGCUCUGCCCUUCGGGGUAAGAGAGCAGUUGGACAAAUGAGGAAGAAACCUAGAGGGAAAAGAAGCGCAUCAGUAGGAUCAAAAGAAGUUAAUACAACAGAAGAAACUAACCUAGAAGAUUCUGUGCCAGAAGGUCGUUCUGCCAAACGUCCAAGGAAAGAAGAAACAGAAGAGAAUACUGAAGGUAGUACUUCUCAAAAUCAUCCCGUUUUAACUACUACUUAUCCAUACUACACAGCUACAGGAAGUUGUGAUACAAAUUGGACUUUAGGAGAAACUUGCAUUGAAACAGAACCUGUACCAGACUGUAAUGGUGAUGUUUUAGAGACCCCACAGUGGCGAGUUAAAGUUUAUACAAGUUUGUAUUCAAUGGAAGGAACAGAAAAUCUGGAUGAUGAAGUUUUCUUAAAACGUCAUCAUAGAUUGGAGGUUGAUGAGCGGAGAAGAAAAAGAUGGGAUGUUCAGAGAAUAAGAGAACAAAGACACAUAGAUAAAUUGAAGCAACGAGAGGCUUCAAGUAAUGCCCUCGGAGGUUCAAAAGGAGAAGAUGUUGAAGACCCUGUUUGCUCCCUUUGGCCUGACCCAGAGGAUGCACAGUUCCUGGAGGUAUCUGAUGAUCUUCCUGUUUCAGCAUUUGGUCUUCCUAUCUCAAAGUUCACCCCAAGUGAGUUUUCUCUCCCAUGGCUGCAGCCAGGUGCGAGUGACUCAAGAUCUGCCCCAAAGAGACGUCACGGCCCGCGAGGAAGAGCUUCUGGUAACACAGUAAGAAGAAGAGGAGUGGGCAGAGGUGGGAGAAGAGGUGAUGGAGCUGAGAGAAAAUGAAGCAAUUACUUUUAUUCUUUAAGGAACUUCAGAUGUAUGUGUUAAAGUUAAAUACAUGUUGUUGCUGCAAUUGUUAUUAGGCUGUGAGGUCAUUUUACAUUAUGAUUAACUGAGGGUCACCCCUUCACUUGACUUGGCUCCUUGUGGUAUCUUAGGAGAACAGAGCCUCAAAACCUCCAAGGAACUAUUACAACUUGCCUUUGAUUUAAAUCACUUUGACCCACAGGAUUUAUCAAUUGUACAAUCUCUCAAAUCAAUUUAAUUUAAGACUUGUCAUAUCUUAUUCCAUUUAUGAAUUUUAAAACAAGACCUUGUGGCCAUUCAUGCCUUCUGUGAGCCUUGCGGAUUUUUUAACAAAUUCUAUAAUACAAUACAUUUAUUUUAUUUGCAUACAGAACUUUUAUUUGCAAACAUUUUAUUGUCUUUACAGAGGUGUGAAACAUAUUAUUUUGCAUCAUUUGAGUUAAGUUUAUUUUGGGACAAUUCAGGGCAAUCCAAAGUGUGAAUUGUUCAAAUGAUUUGUGGUUAGUUUUCGAGUUUGUCUUUCAAGGUUGUAUGUUAUAGAAUCAUCUUAUUUGUGUUAAGAGAUAUUUUACUAGUGAAUGUCAAAGUUGGUGAGCAAGUAUUGCUUAUCAGUAUAUUUUUCAAUUAAAUUAGAUUUGUUACAUGUGCCUAGUCACUGUGGGUCUCCACUUCCAGUCUUGUGGCUUUACUAGAAUAAUAAUGUAUGCCAUCUUUCAGGGGAACCAGAAUAGAAGAGCAGUCUCUUCUGUUUCUGUUUUGAUCCACUGUUUGUGUUAAGGAUGUCCUUACUUGAAUUCUUACAUCAAUUGUCUCCUAAAUUAAGGUGCCUUUUUUUCUGUCUUCCAUUUAGUGGACAAUGUGAUCUUAAGAAAGACGUAUGGAUUCCUUUCUUAUCCCCUGUUGAUUGUAGGUUGAAACAUUAAACUGAAGUAUGUUACUCUCAGUGUUUGAGGGGGAGUUGUUUGAGCUAUUGGAUGGUCACUCUAGUUAAUUGUUACUUUCAAUUUUGAGGUGCAAAUCCUCUAGCAGUCGUACUUGUUGUUGUGUGCACGCAUAGAUUAUGAGUGUCAUUUUGUCAGUCUCACUAAACAGAUUGAGUUACAUUAUUGUACUAUCAAAGUUCUGCAGGGCUUUAACAUUUACUUUCCAAACAUUUUUACUUUGUGUCCUUGUUUUGUGAUUUUAGUUGCCAGUAAUAUAAGACAUUUACUCACUAAUGCUACUGCAAUAUAGAUAUCAAAUUCCAACAAUGUGCCAACAAGGUGUGUGUUUGGGAUGUAUAUUUUGAUAUUUCUUUACCUUUAAUAAUACCAAGUAGGAUGUAUUCUAUCAUAAGGGUAUGGAAACUUUUCCCCUACCAAUCAUCACUGAUCUGUCUAUAAUGAAAUCACCUUAGUUGUUACCCCAUAUCUUAAUUUUCUUCUCAUUGUCUUCAAUUUUUACAAUUUAAUUUAGAAGUUCAUUGUGUAGUUCUUGUUUCCCUAUGUCUUCUUGUUUUUAGGCAUUUCUUGAACUUUCACCAAAUGAAAAUGACGUCUUAGGCAUAGGACAUGUACGUUUAAGAGUCAUAUUUCUGUAGUUCAUUACAGUUUUUGUAUGAUGUUGAAGUCUCCUUUCUUUUAAUUUUAUAGAAGAAAGAUGAUCAUUUUUUGUGCUCAGUCUUGGUAGUAUAGAACUGAUAAGUUACACUUUGAGAAUGUUUAUGUGAAUUGUUGUCAUUGUGCAGGGCAGGCCUCAUUGCCUGCAGCAAUUUGGAAGAAGAUUCUUCUGUGCGAGUCACUAAUAUAAAGUUUAUGGAUACUGACGAUAUGAGGCUGUGCGAGCUAUUUUUCUGUAUUACCGUGGCUUAAUCUGAGGUUGUUACAAAACUGAAUGUAUUGUAAAAGUGUUUUGGAAUUAAAUUUUAUAUUUUAAAAUCCAGUUAAAACAAGUUUAAUUCAAGAGCUUGGGAAAAAAAUCAAUAAAGGUGAUGAGAGCUGUGUA